CGGGGAGGUCAACAAGUCGCCCAAAAUGUCAACUUUUGAGGGCUGCAUGCCACCUUGACUUCUCCUGACGGCGGCCGACAUUCCCAACUCCCUCCGGUCUCUGACCGUGUGCUUCUCCUUCCUCCCUCUUUACAUAGCCUCCGGUCUCGACUCCUCCCCUUCCCCUCAUACACCUCUUCCUCCUCGCAGCGGCCUUUAAGCUGAGCAUGGACCUGGCCGCAUGGCUCAAUGCUCCUUCCCUCGAUCUCGGUCUCCACGUCGGCGACGGCAAGCUCUCCGUCGAAGAAGACGACGGGAAAGAGGUGAGCUUGCGACCUCGGCCACGAUUACGGUAUGUGGUGCGUAGAGAUCUGAUGUCGACUGUCUUGGACCAGGUGAGGGCGCUGGAGGCCGAGCUGGACCGCGUGACCCAGGAGAACAAGCGGCUCAAGGAGAAGCUCGCGGCCAUGGCGGCGAGCUACGGCACCCUCCGCAGCCAGAUGGCUGAUCUGAUAUCCAAGGCCUCGUCCGAGGGCGCGUCCGUCUCGCCCGGGACGAAGAGGAAUAGACACACCCUCGAUUCCUUCUCCCCCGCCCCCGCCCCCCCCGCCGCCGCCGCCGCUAGUCUUGGCACGAACUGCAUCAGGAACGAGGCGGAGAGCACGUCGAGUGAGGAUUCGUUCAAGCGAGUCAAGGAAGAGAGUAAGCCCAAAGUUUCGAAGCUGCACGUUCGCACUGAUCCGUCCGAUUCGAGCCUCAUCGUGAAAGAUGGGUAUCAGUGGAGGAAAUAUGGCCAGAAGAUUACCAGAGAUAACCCAUGCCCGAGAGCGUACUUCAGAUGCUCUUUUGCUCCAGCUUGCCCUGUCAAGAAGAAGGUCCAACGAAGCGCAGAGGACCCGUCGUUGUUGGUUGCCACCUACGAGGGCGAGCACAACCAUGGCCGGGCUCCUCAUCCUCGAGCUCAACAAGCGUCGGGCCGCAGCAGCUCGGUCACCAGCCAAUCUCCCGCACCGUCGACGAGGCGACCGCAGGAGGCCGAGUCGCCGGAUCUGCAUGCGGGACUGGUGGAGCAAAUGGCUGCGACGCUGACGAACGAUCCGGGCUUCAAGGCUGCUCUGGCCGCUGCCAUCUCCGGCAGGAUGCUCCGGUCAUCUCCUCCCAAGUAACAGCCCUUGUUCCUGUAAAUAGGAAUCUUUUGUUAGCAGGAGAAGAAGUUUGAUUCUGAGAUUGAUGUUGUCGAGUCGAUAAUCAAAGAUUCGAGUUCCAGAUCAA